AGUAGUAGUGGCAAUACCAGCUCCGUCUGAGUUCGCUACGGACGCCUUCUCCAGCGGAUAUCGGUUAGUGGGUGUCGUGCACGACGUCGCUUUUUUGCUCUCUUGGGAUGUGACACCGUAUAAUUCGCGUGUGUCCUUGACUUUUUGAUAUUGUGUGACAGUUCGCAUUGAAGGAGGGAUGUAAAAGUUAAUUGGAUCGCUGUUUCUGGAAUGUAAAUAUUAGCUAUCCAUAAUCAUGGACUACAACUUACUAUUCUAAGGAGAUACAAUCAUACUGGCGGGGGCAGACUUACAAUUAGAAAACGGGUGUGGCGAAGGAGGGGGUGGUGGGGACAAGAGUUGCCUAACAACGUACAUCUUCAACCCGGUAGAAACGUGUACUGGCACACCUAGUCCAGAAAAGUCCCACUUGAAGACGCCAGACUCGUCGACGAAACUCAGUCCUCCCAAGAUGUCAUCUCUUCGACAGAUGUUGCACAUAUGCAUCCCAAUUUUCUUUAUGGGAAAGUACUACCCGACGGAAAACCCAACUUUCUUACGGAUUACGAGCUGAGCUUCAAAAACUGUAAUUUUGGAGCGGGAGCUGACCAUGCCAAGUGCUGCGUUGGAGGACAUUUUGGGAGGGAUCUGAGUUUCGGUCACUUAUAUACCAUCAGUAAGAGCGAUCGGAUAGAAGAGCGCACUUACGAUGAACCUUAUACAGGAGAUUUGCCAAGGAGGUCCUGGCUAUGUUGUCCUGGAUCUCAACCGCAUGUUGGUGAUGGCGAUCAGCCACCAUUAUUGGACACCGCAACGACAUCAUCUAAAACUCCAUCCACUCCCUUGGCUGAAGCCAUCACAAAACCUCCGGGGUAUAAUGUUUGUUCAGGAACUUGUGAAAAGCUGCAGCGACAAUUAGACGAACAGUCCCAGCGUUAUGAAGAACAGUUAACCGAAUUACAUUCUGUUAUAGCCGAAUUGACGAGAAAAUUACAUCAGCAACGGUCAAUGGCUAUAGCCGAAGAAGAAGAAGUAUCAGAAUCUUGUACAAGUGCUCACGAAGAUUCAGUAACGUGUCCAUUGGAAGUCAGCGAAUUGGAACCUAUAGAAAAUGAACUUUCAGAUGUGGAUAAUAAAGUACCUUUUCCUGAAAGUCCCCAAGCAUUACCAGAGCCCAAAUUGUCUAACCACGAAAACAACGAAUUGUCGCCAUAUUCUGAGGUAGUAGAGCCCUUAAAGAAUGAAAUAUCGAACCUCAAACAACAACUACAUGAGGCUCAUACUAGAUUAGCCCAAAUAUCUUUGGCAAAAAUUGAAGAAACUUCUAAUGAAGAGGUACUGACUGAUAGUAAGAAUAUGGACUCGCCGGAAUCUCAUAUCGAAAUAGAUUGCGAACCAAAGAUGUAUCAAGAAGAUAAGGUUGAUAUCAAAUACAGUAAUAUAGUACCUAUUCAUCGGACUAACAUAAGGAAUAACUUUUACUCCAGCGCACCUGUACCUAAAGUUGCGGAAAGAAUAAAAUUAAAGAGAGCCACUGAUCAGCGAGGAAUUAAUCCAAAUGAUCUGCUUAACUCUGAUUUGUCAACGGCGGUUGCGGAACACAUCGUUGGUGAUAUAUUGAAGCAAUGCGAUAUUCAAGCCGAGAAGCAAGGAUUAGAUAUUGAAAUUAGAAAAGUUAGUGCUAAAUUAGAAAAUGCAAGAUCACAAAACUCGGUAUUAGCAAUGACUUUGUCUGAGACUAAAGCGCAUUGUGAUAGAUUGGCCUUAUUAUGUGGUAAAUAUGAAUCAAACGCUAUCGCAUUACAACUUGCUUUGGGUCUAAGUGAUCGCAUUAUAGAAGCUUACGACGUUCUUCUAGCUUUACUUGAGACAGAACUUAGCCUGAAAGAAGAUGAUUCCGAAACAUUGCAGAAUAGAAGCGCUGCAGAAACCGUGGCCAAACAACUUUUGCAUCAUUUAGAUUCUUAUCAAAGUACGGAUAUAUUGUUAUCUCCGUGGCAAAACCAUGUCUAUAACAGUCCUACGAUUGAUAGUGAUGAACCUUGGAAUAACGAUCACGAAAUGAGAUUAAGAGAACACGUUUCAAGACUAAAAGCAGACAGAAGCAAUAUUCAAGGAACUUAUGUAGUUUUGGAAUCAACUCAACUCGAAUAUGUACCUGUACGACCUUCCAGCACUCAAGAAGCCAGAAAAAUGGACCUUGAAAUGGCUGUCUUAAUGCAGGAACUGAUGGGUCUACGAGAAGACAAGUCUGAACUUAUAUCCAAGCUCUUCGCUUUAGAGAAAGAGAAGUGUGCCAUAGAACUGAAACUUAAAUAUUCCGAAGGGCAGCAGAAAGCUCAGUCAGCAACUUUGAAAAACCUUCAGGGCCAACUAAAAGACACAGAAGCAUUGUUAGCUAUAGCUACUCAGCAUAAGGAACAAGGAUAUUCAGAUGCUGAGCAUGCUCAAGGCAUUGAAUUGGAAUUAAUGCAGGCAUUAGCAAGAGAGGCAAGACUGAAAGUUAGGUUACAAGAGUUGGUUACUACAUUAGAACAGGUAACAAAGAAUGCUGAAGCAAGGCUAUUGGAAGGGAGAGAAAUAGUACAAGAUCUUAAUCAUACAAAUAGUAUAUUAGCUGACACUGUAGACAGAAAUAAUAAAAAGUAUCAAGCCAAAUUUAAAAAGAUGGAACAGCAAAUGUUUAUAUUAGUUGAAAAGCACAAUGCGCAGGUUCAAAAUUUGCAACAAAAGAUAGCUACGUUAGAAACGCCUCCAACAAAUAGUUCUGAAAAUUCCAUUAAUUCAGUAGCAGUCUAGCAGUCUUGUGUGCCAUUGCAUUUAAAUGAUGAUUUAACAUAGUUAUGUUGAUCUCUUUUCAUCUUAAUUUUAAGAGAGUUACAGAGCAUUUAAUGCUGCGCUUGUGUACCGGAUCUAGUAAUGAUGAUGUUGGUAUCAGUGUACGAUUGUUUAAAGUAAUUGAAAAAUUUUGUCAUUCCAAUUUAUAGAACUAGAGUUUUAUAAGCUACCUGUGUUUUUCUUAAAUAUAGGUUUAUUAUAAUAUUGUUUCAUUUCAAGUCUAUCACACUUUAUUAGUUUAGGACUUAAAAAAUCCAAUAGUUUACAUUAUAUAGCAUUGAAUAUUAGUAUAACACCGUUAAUUUAGGGAUCGCAAACGAGUAUUAAUACUUUUUACAGAGGUGCGAUAUGUAUUUUUAUUAAUAUC